UCGAAGGAAACAGGUUGUCGACAGGGAAACUUUUUCCACGAUGUCUCUGCUCUCUUAUCUAAUUCUCUUCGGCUUUGCUAUUAAUGGGAUUAAUUACUGGCUACAAACUAAAAGUUAUCUUUUCACGCCUGAAGAGGUUUCCAAGAUAGCCAAGCGCCAUGCAGGAAAAGGUCAAAGCAUUCAUGUCAUGUUCACAAAGAUAGCUCUAGAACUGGAAAAAAAGUACCCAGGUCACGUCCUACCUGAAGAGACAAGACAAUGGCAAUUUGUGAAUGCUGGAGGCUGGAUGGGAUCAAUGUAUUUAUUGCAUGCUUCUCUGACAGAAUACGUCCUAUUCUUUGGUACAGCUUUUGACACACAAGGACACUCAGGCCUCUACUGGGCAAACAUUUCCGACACAGUACUAGCUGGCUCUCUACCUCAGUGGAAAGACGGCACCCUUAAAAGUCAAGUUUAUGGUCCAGGGGAUCUUGUGGUUCACGGCUGUGGUGAGGUUGCAGCCGUGCAAUUUUCAGCUGGAACAUGGAUGGUGGAAUAUGGUCGUGGCUUUGUUCCUUCCACCCUUGGGUUUGCACUGUGGGACUCCAUCUUUAGUACACUGGAUUUUGUUUCAGCUUCAAAACUGAUAACAGUUUAUGCAAAAGCCCUGGCUCAUGAAACUGUAUUCCAAGUGAUGGAGAUGAUUGAGACACUCAGGAAGAAAUGAAGGUGUAAUUUUUGGUUAGAGAAUAGGAUCUUUUUCAAUGGUUAUUAACCUUCUUAUGUGAAAAAUAUCCUCUCUGAAUAGACAUCAAGUGAAUCUUGAAUAUUUAAAACAGACUGGCAUGAGUGAAAUUUACUUAGUUUAUAAGGAAGUUGCUGUGCACAAUUUGCAUUCCAGAAGGGAUUUUUGGGGGCAUAUCUAUCAGUUAAUGAUCAGGAAAAUAAUCCUUAAGACUUUUGAUAAUGGUAGAGUUUUGAAAUGAGUGUAGCGGUUGUACAGGUGACCCUUUGUUGUCAAAGAGUGAAUCAAACAUGCUGGUCAAGAGAAUAAAGGAAAUGAUCACCAACUGAAGAAGCUCUUGAUUAUUAAACAAAUUCUCCUUGUCAGCACUUUAGGAAAUGUUCAGAGAACAGUAUGGAGAAUAUGCUUACUAGUGUUAGGGUUCAAAGGAUUUUAUGUGUCUUAACCAGAACUUAUUCCAGUUUAUUCAGUACAUGACAUCUAAGAGGACCUCAACAUUUGUUCUGACCGGCCAUAGAUACUCUAAUUACCGGUAUUAGACUUUCCACUCCCAGCUGUGACCGAUGGAGGUCAUCGAUACAUAGAUUACACUUUAUGUUUUGUCUACGAAAACUCAUCGUGUAUCCUUGUAGACCUGUAAUGGCUAAGAACAUUAAAAAUGGGUAUUAGAAUCACA